AUUAAUGAGUCUGAAUGCGAAGGCGCCAUAGAUGUGUGGCACUUUUGUUCAUUUUUUCAGCAUUUAUCACCCCGUUAGGAUUUUUCUAUUAUACAAUUUCCAAUGAAUCGAAACGAUAUUCUGAAGAAUCAGAGAAGAAUUAUGGUUAUCAAACAUUGGAGUUCACUGAAUCACCGGAGGAGAUUUCCGUCGACUUUGAUAAAUAUUCCCAAUCAGAAUGUUCCCGAUUUCCAAGCAAUGUCGAGAUAGAGUAUCCAGAGUGUUUGAACAAAAUGAAAUGGAUCAAAAAUGGCUGGAAAACUCACCAUUGUUACAUUGAAAACCAUAUUGAUGGUUCUGAAUGCUCAUUCCGAUAUUAUUUAUCACAAGUUGAAAACUAUUGUCCUCCAAUGGAGCAUCACGGAAAACGGAAAGGACUUGCAAAAAUAAGUCCCAGUAUUCGGCGUCUUUUACCAAUUUUUGAGAGUAUUCCACAUUACAUGAAAACUAGAAUUAAUCGAUUAUGGAAGAAAUGGAAAGAAGGAGCACAUGAAGUUAUGCAGAAAUAUCCAAAGUCAAUGAUUGAAAGAAGAAAACUUAAUGUUCUCGUAUUUAUUGGAUUUUUGGCCAACGAGCAAAAACUAAAUAUGGCAAAGAAAUCAGAUCAUGGUGGACCACUUGGUGAACUUCUUCAAUGGUCGGAUCUUCUUGCAACACUUUCAGUUAUUGGACAUCAUUUGGAAGUUUCAACUAAUAAGAAUACUCUUAGAAAUAUUGUGUGGAAGUAUAUGAGCAGAGGACCUUGUCAAUAUGUUAAUAAUUUUCGUCAGCAGUUGGAUAUCAUUUUCACAGAUAUUAUGGGUUUCAACAUUUUAAGACAACAUCAUAGACAGUUUUUAUUGAGUAAUAGAUGUCGAAUUAGGCUUCUUGACAGUUUUGGAACACAUGCAGAAUUCACUACAAAAACUUAUUUCGUACAAAAUAAGAAAUCUCUAUCUGGACCAUUUUCUCAACGGAAUCCAUGGGGAGGUCAUGGGUUGGAUCUUCGUCAACAUUGGACAUUUUAUCCACAUUCUGAUGAUAACACAUUUCUUGGAUUUGUAGUUGAUACUGAGGGAAUUGAUAAAAAGAAUAAUCAGAUGAUCCCAUCAGCUCUGGUAUAUGGAAAAGAGCAGUAUAUGUGGAGAGACGCAGAGAAACCAAUUGAUGUUUUGAAAAGAAUUGUGACUGUUCAUUCUACGGUUGCUGACUUAGAUUUGAAAGACAGUAAUAUAAGUUCAAUAUUCAAAAAAGUUCAAAAUCACGGUUUUCUGAACUCUGAAGAAAUAUCACAACUACUUGAUAAUAUCACAAUAUUCUUUGGACUUGGCUUCCCAUUAGAAGGACCUGCACCACUCGAAGCAAUGGCUCACGGAGCAGUUUUUAUAAAUGCAAAGUUUAAAGAACCAAAGUCGAGAUUGAAUUAUAAGUUUUUGGCGGAAAAACCAACAUUGAGAAAGUGGACAAGUCAAAAUCCUUAUAUGGAAAAAAUCGGUGAGCCGCACGUCAUCACUGUCGAUAUAUUUAAUGAACUAGAAUUGGAAGAAGCUAUUAAAAGAGCAAUUAGUCUGAAGCCGAAACAUUUUGUUCCAUUCGAAUUUACUCCUGCUGGAAUGCUUCAUCGUGUGGCACUUCUACUUGAAAAACAAGAACUCUGUGAUAAAAUUGCAUAUUCCAAACGUUGGCCUCCCAUUGAUCAAAUGAAGAUUUUCAGGACGUUGAAUGCAGAUGAUUCUUGUGAAACUAUUUGUCAUUCUAAACAAUUACUCUGUGAACCUUCUUAUUUCCCAAUCAUCAACUCAUCUCCACUUCUCCGAAGAGAAAAUUUGUGUUCGUCAACAACUUCCGAUUCAUCACCAUUUGCUCCCUUCAACUGUACAAUACAACAAUCUGCAUUCCUUUUCAGUUGUGCAUCCAGUCCUCCCAUAUCUUUUGAAAUCAACCGAUUAUGUCCAUGCCGUGACUACAUUCCAGAACAACAUGCCAUUUGCAAAAAGUGUCUUUAAAACGUUUCGGGGUUAUCAUACAUGCCCGGGUUAAACUUUUAAUAAA